AUGCAGUUCCUCAUAAAGAAUAUUAUUAUACCUGUCAGGAACGGAACAGGAUCCUGCAGACAGGUUUUAAAAUGUAUCCUGCUUUACCUGUGGGAUGUUUACUCUGCACCUGCACCUGUCAGCAGAGACGUCCUGACUCUACUGUCUCUCUGUGCCACGCUCGCCAUCAUCACUGGCGGCCUGCUUCAUCACUGGCUGUCAACGACUCUGAAAUACAACCAUGAAGCGUCCAUUCAGACUGCCUGCAUCUACAGUGUGGCCAUAUUUCUGGUCUCGUUCCUGUGUCACCCUCUGCGCUGUGUGCUGACCAUGACUCUGCCGACAGUCUGCACCAAACAGGGACGCAAACUCCUCAUCACAGCCUCCGUCAUGAUUGUAGUUUUGAACGUCAUUCCUAAUAUUUCGGUGAACGUAGGAGCGGUCGCUCGCAUCCUGAAGUGCACCGCUGAGGGUUUCACAAAGACUUUAUUAAACUCAUCUGAACCUUUGAACAAAGCAAAGAGAGACCUUGUUGAGGAAACCAUCAAAGUGAGAAGGGAAGACUUGAGCAUUGUCACCAACUUGAGGAAGUUGGAUCACUUCACACAUGUUGAUGUGUCAGAAGUCAAAAGCAGGUUCACUAAGAUGAUUGCACAGAUAGAGGUCAACUUCUCACAUGCGAGGGGCCUGCUAAAAGAUUACAAACUGCUGUCAAACCGGAUCCUUGCUGCCAUUUUUGUUGCUUUACUAAUCUUUGAAUCUGCUCGCUACUUAAAAUCUUAUCUGGCAUCAGUUCAGUUUGAUAACGGCUACAUCUCCGAAGAGCUUCAGCAAAAAGUGACUCAUGCUGCUAAAAAUACAACUUGUCCCACAAGCCGCAACAUAACAAGUCAGGAAUGUACCUCCUGCUUCAUAUCACUGGUUGUGGUAACAUUAUAUUUCAUUGCAAUAACUUUAUUAGUAGCUUUGGAUCAUGUUGUGUAUCAUAUAGUUCAGGCGAUUAUGCCAUGGAUACUGGACUUUCCACCGACAUCUGCCAGCAUAAGUGUCAAUUAUAAGGUUCAGUGGUUCCCCCCUGCCUUUUGUAUCAUCCCACAAUCCUGUGUCACGCGGGACCUCACAAACUUCCACCAGGAUUACAAGUGGACUUUCAACCCCGAGCCAGCGCUCUGCGAUGUGACAACUUCAGCUCCGAACCUGGGAGUCACACUCCUGCUGGGAUGUCUCUGGCUGAUGAGCUACUCUCUGGUGUUCCUCGAGGUUUACGCCAGACGGCUGCGCAGGAAAAUCUCUGCGUCCUUUUUCAGAGAGCAGGAGGAGAGGAGAAUAGUUUACUUGAUGAAGAAAGUACAAGAGAAGCAGAGUAGAAAAGAGCAAAAAGAGACUAUUUGUGUUGAGGUUAGGUGAAUGGUUACAGGACAAUGCUUUGUU